UUGGCGUUGAAUCAAUUUUCUGUUGAGGUAAGAAGAGGAUUCGGUGAAUGUGGGGGGGGGGGGGGAAUUUCGAGGAUUUUUUUCAUUAAAAACCUAAAAUUUGUAAAAUCUUUCUCUAUAAAAGUAUUCUGAAACCUUUAGAUUUGAUCUAAAAGUUUUCAAAAUUGGCUUAAAAAUCACAAAAAAAAUUUUUCGGAAAAUUUUAUUUGGGCUUAAAUGCUGUUCUCCACAAAAUGAUAAUCUUGAAAAUCCAAAAACUCAUCUAAAGACUAAUCGACUCGAUUACUAUGAAAAAGUUUUCUUAUCUACUCGAGUAGUUGAGAAAGUCAGAUAAUUUUGGGCAAAUUUUAGGAAUUUUUUUUUUCAAAAUUCUAAUAUUUUCAGCUUGCUGAUGGUGUCAAACUAAUUGUGGCAGGGUGGGUGGGAGGGCACAAUGUUGAUUUGAUGGAGGAUAAUGAGCAACUUCCAGUAAGUUUUUCUGGGGGAAAUGUGGAAAACAGACGAAAAUAGAACAUUUGAAUUUUUGAAUAUGGCUAGAAAUCUGUCUAAAUUGUGCAUUUUUCUUGAAGAUGUCAAAUUUUUCCGAAUCCCAACAUUUCAUUUUUUUUAUGAAAAUUAGAAAAAGUUUAUUUUUUUUAUAACGUGAAAUUUCAUUUUUUAGGUCACGCAUUUUUUUUUUCAAAAAUGAUUGCGACAAAGUUUCAAAUUUCAGCACAAAAUUGGCUGUAAAACUUUUUUAUCUGGAAUUCAUCCAUUUACAGAUGAUUUAGUAACUGUUUGAAAAAUAUUGGUCAAAAUUGAGGGGUGGGGAAACUGGCUCACGUUGGCCUCAUGUUGGCUUUGGUGGUAAGAACAUAAGCCAUGACAGGUCCACGUGUAAACCUGUCUACCUGUCCUGUCCUGAGCAGGUUCUUUUUUUAUGGGGCUAUUCAUGUAUUUUCUCAGCAUGUUGAGAAAACAGGAGAAAUGCGGAGGAAAUACAUUUUCUCCGCUUUUUUCGUAUUUUCUCAGCCUACCUGAAUAGGUUUUCUCCGCUUUUCUCCCGUUUUCUCAGCGUUGAAAAAUAACAUGAAUAGCCCCAUUAGUCGAGAAAAAACACGCCGAAAAAAGAGGAGUUCGCAUUUUUACUUUUUUUUAUGCAGAAAAAAAAAUUUUCUCUCUUAAUUUUUGUUCACGCGAGGACAGGUUGGGCAUAUGGCUUUAGGACAUGUUCAACUCAGGUAGCAGCUUGCCCAUGGACUGCCCCUUACUCUGCCCUUAGAGCAGUUUCUAAGGGCAGCAUUGGAGCACUCAAGGGGCUAUCUUUGGGCAUUUCAAUUAAACAAGGACAUCACGUUUAAAAUUCAAAUUAAUUCAAGCCACGUAAAAAAAGCAUUUUCACUAAUUUUUCAUGUUUCCAGCUUGGAAAAAUGGAUCCUAGGCCCAAAAUCGGGCAGUUUGGAGGGGCAGCUUUCAUCAAAAGUGAGCAGCCUUCAACUAAUUCAAAUUUAAAUACAGGAAAACAUUAUUAUAAGUGUUUUAGAAGUAAAAGUUUUAUUGAAAGAAAUAACAUAGGAGAGAUAGAUGCACUUCAGCUUGAUUUUUCGAGCAUUCGUGAAUUUUCUAGGUGAUUUGACCGAAAUUUUAUGGGCCUAUGCAGAAUAAUAUUUUGUAAUAAAAAAACAUAAAAAAACAUUUUUUUCCUAUGCAGAAAAACGUCGAAAAAACAAAAUAAAGACAACGUGAAAUUGAGAGAGCGCAGACAUAACAUGGGUUUUUUGUCUGCACUCUCUCAAUUUCACAUUGUCUCUACUCAAAAUAGUAAACUGUAUAUUUUGUUUUUUCGACGUGUUUCUGCAUAGGAAAAAUAUGUUUUUUUAUUACAAAAUAUUAUUCUGCAUAGGCCCAUUAUAAUUGGUUUGAAGGAGUUGAUCCAAAAUAGCUUUUUUGAGAAUCGGAUAAAUUUAUACAUGAUUUGGAACACAUCUAAUUCACAAAAAUCCAUUUAACAAUCACAGUGAUAAUCCCAGAAUCCGCUUCACUAUAUUUGAAUUAAUAACUUGCUCACAGUGUUUUGCAUAAAGUUACUGCUUCUCUAAUAAAUAUUUGAGCUUCAUCGAAAUAGUUUGAUUUAUUCGCUAUUUUCUUGGCUAACAGAAUAUCAAAAAUGAGAAGAAAUUCCGAUUUCGAAACAGGACACGUAUCAAAACUAGGUCACGUUAUGAAAAAUAGCUAUAAAUUUAUUUUUCCCAUUAAAAAAUUUGCCCUUAGGGCUUGCCCAAGGUGCAAUUAUGGGGCAACCGCUUUCCUAAGGGCAGUCCAUGGGCAAGCUGCUACCUGAGAAGCCAUGUUCGAGCCAGGACAAUUUUAGGCCAUAUUGAAGGACAGGACAACAUGAGGGCAUCACAUUUUCCCCACCCCUGAAAAUUACAUCAUUUUUCACAUUUCUCCCACCAUCAGUGAGUUCAAUUUUUCAGAACGCAACCGGAGCUGUUUAUCACAUUUCCCAGAUGAUAAACAACAAGAAAAUCAAAUCAACAAAAGAAUCGGUAAGUAAUCAAAAAUCGAAUCAAUAUAAAAUCGAACGAUAUAACAAAUUUCUUUUUUUCAGAUUUAAAUUCUCUUGGCUGCAUGAUGAUGAGAACGGAAGCGGAUAAGAACGAUAAAAUCAAACCGAGACCAAGAAGGCAAAAAAUGUUUGCGGUGAAGUAAGUGGAAGUUUUGGGCUGUUAUUGAUGGGAAAAAUGUUUUAAUUGAAUUUGCACAAACGAAAACUUGAAAAAUUGUGUUUCUAUUCAAAAAUCUUUUUCAAAAAAAUACAUAAUUACACAAAUAACUUGAGAUUGUCUAAAGUUGAGAAAUCUGAAAACCUUUGAAAAAUUUUUUAAAGCCAAAAUCAGACAUUCUCCUAAAUUUCUCUUUUUUUUCUUUCUCUUUACUGUUAUUGAUGGGAAAACUUUCUUUCUAGUAACUCGCGCAAUCAUUUUUUUGUCGAAAAAAACAGCCGAAUAUUGGAAAAAAAUUUUGGUCAAAUUAACAUCAAUUUUUCACAUUUCUCCCACCAUCAGUGAGUUCAAUUUUUCAGAACGCAACCGGAUCUGUUUAUCGGAUUUCGCAGAUGAUAAACAACAAGAAGAUCAAAUCGACAAAAGAAUCGGUAAGUAAUCAAAAAUCGAAUCAAAAUAAAAACGAUAACAAUUUUCUUUUUUCAGAUAAAACUCUUGUUAGCUGCGUAUGAUGAACUUGGAAUUGUUGAUUCGACUUUCAAGAAUAUAUCGGGGUCACGAAAAGAUUUUUUCGACGGAAUUGAAUAUGUGAGUUUAGAGUGAAAAUACUUUGAUAAGUAGAACUAUUGUAUAUCAGUUUUUGUAUAUCAAUUUUCAAACCAUUUUUUGGAUCAAUUUUUGAAAAGUGAUUCAAAAUCCGCGGAUAUAGUAUAUAUAUGUGCCGAGUAGAGUUGGACAUAGUUUGGAAAAACUCGUUUUUUGAGUUCGGUCACAUGUUUGGGUUUGAGGGUUUUCGCCCAAAUAAUGCUCAUUUCUGAUUUGAGAGAAGGUGGAUUUUUAGGUUUUCGGAUUAUUAAAAAAGUAGAUAUAGGAAAUCGAUUGGUGAUAUUAUUUCGGCCCAAAAGUUUCUUUUAAACGAACACUUCAAGAAAAAAAGCGAUUUUUUGUGAAAUUUGAAAUUCAAGGGUUUUUUUGAUACGGGGAACAUUUUGGUAUGCUCUACGGAACAGACACAUUUUUGAGACACAAAAAAACUAAAAUGAUCUUGACUUUUUUUUUCAAGUUUUGUCAAAAAUCUCUGAACCACUUUAACGUGCUGGUUGUCAGCUACAUUUUUUGUGUGGACACCAAAACUCAAUAGCUGCUCCUAAUGCGCGAAACAUACGUUUUUUUCUCGUAAAUGUAAAUUUUCAGCAAAUUUUCGCGCAUUAUGGGGCUAUUUAAAUAAGUUUUGCAACCGAAAAAGGAGGAGAAACUCUAUUCAGAUCUCAGGAAUAAAAGAAAGAGAAACUGAGUUUAGUUGAACCCGAAACCAAACAAAUGAGCGAACUCAAAAAACUGGUUUCGCUCAGUAGUGCCAAUUUUUAUUAAAAAUUAUUUUGUGAAUUGAAGUUUUCCUUGUAAGGAAAUUAUUUUGAAAUAUAUUCCAAAAAAAAUUGGGAAAAUGCUUCUAUCGAAAAGAAAACAAAAAAUAGAGGAAAAAAUGAGAAUGAUCCUGUUUUACAGAUUUGGUCAAGCGAUCUUUUAUCGAUUUCGAAAAAGAGAGCAAAUUUGCUCAUUCUAAAAUGAGUAUAUUCGAUCAAAGAAGUCUUACCGGAUUAUUUAAUAAUCAGUGUGCGAAUUGCGUUCAAAAAAGAUGAAGAAAAUGCUCGUGAAGUAAUCAACAAUUUUUUGGCAGAGGGAAAAACGAAAUUUGCAGAUCUUCGCGAUGUAAGUUCCUCUUAUCUUUGUACCACAACAUUUUAGGGUACUGAUAAAAUACAAGAGCUAGGGGAAGAGAUUUACAAUUAGAGGAAAACAUAAAAGUAUGUAUUUUUAUUUGAUUAUUCGCGUGAACUCUUGUCGACUCACUUCAUUUUUCAAAAAUAUUUUUAUUUCCAAACUGAAGUAAAGAUACGUGCAGUUUGUUAACAAUUUUAAAUUAUUUCAGUCGCUCAAAAAACAUCCGAACCCGUUCGAAUCAUGGAUACGCAGAAGACUAUCGAUGUAUAUGUCGGAAGCAGAAAUAUUUAAAUGUGCCAGGGAAAUGGGAAACAAGGAGGAUUUUGUUGAAUGGAUGAUGAAGUAUGUUUUUACAAUUCAAUAAUUAUUCUAAAUAACAAAGUUAACAAUAUUUUUCAAGGCCAAAACUCUUUUCCAAAACUAUCUUACUUCAAAUUUUAUUUUAUUUUUCCCGAAAUUUUCCAAUAAGAUUGUAUUUUUAACCAUAACCGUUCCUAAUUUACAGAAAUGUUCGAGCCGACAAAAGAUCAAGCUACACCGUCGAAAAUCUUCAACCAAGAUUUGAUAAUUAUGUCAAAAACCGGAAAAAGGUGAAGAAAAAUGUUUUAUUUUAA